AUUUUUUUUGUAUCCAAAUUUAAGGAAAAAAGGUUAUGGAAAGUAUAGUUGCGCCGUGAGUAAUUUUCAUACUAGGCGCCCAAAUUUCUAUCAAUUCAUAGUACAUAUCAUCGAUAUGUUACACUUAGUAUCACACAAUUAGGGGAUGUGGGCAAUCCUGUCACAAGGGAAGGCUGAGCCUUAGUUCUUGUGCAUAUCUUGUGAAGUGAAUUUAAUUUAAAAAAGUAAAAUAAUGACUGGUCGUGGUAAAGGUGGCAAAGGUUUGGGAAAAGGUGGUGCUAAACGUCAUCGUAAAGUGUUGCGUGAUAACAUUCAAGGUAUCACCAAGCCUGCAAUUAGAUGUUUGGCUCGUCGUGGCGGUGUAAAGCGUAUCUCUGAAUUGAUAUACGAAGAAACUCGUGGUGUUCUGAAAGUGUUUUUGGAGAACGUUAUUCGUGAUGCUGUCACCUACACUAAACACGCUAAGCGUAAAACCGCCACCGCUAUGGAUGUCGUGUACGCUUUGAAGAGACAAGGCCCCACUUUGUACGGUUUCGGCGGUUAAACAUUAUCUUGACGCUUUUUUGAAGAAAAAUUUUAAAAACUUUAUAGAAAGUAUACAUUUAGUGGUGAUUA